CCUUCGGUGGUGGGAGGGGCUGUCGUUUUGGGGGGUCUCUUGGGUCUGUGUGUUUGAUGAGAGGCUCCGGGAAGCUGGUGUUGAACUGGGGUGACGGGAGAGGGAAGCCGCGAGAGGAGGCCGGCGUUCUCUUCUCGGCACUAAUGCGGGUCUGACGUUCAGCAGCGGCUCCCGGGAGUCACCUGAUUGCUACACCGGGACAGGGAUGCCUGGGGCCCGACCUGGUCCACAGCUCCUGGCCCCGCUCCGCCCACAGAGUCCGAUGGCAGCGGCCGCUCUGACAGUCCCGCCUGAGGAACCUUGAGGUCAGCACAAAGUCACAUGGGGUCCCCUGGGACUCUUGGUGGGCAUGAUGUGAGACAAGUGGACCUGGGCUUUGAACAAGUGUCAGAGGACGCUAAGACAGAGGGGACUGCUUUGUAACAGAAUGGAAGAGGGCUGAGUGUACCAGAGAUCUACUUCAGGUUUCAAGAUGCUGAGGAUGAAGCCAGGGGCCGAGUGACCUUUGAGGACGUGGCUGUCUACUUCUCCUGGGAGGAGUGGGGGCUCCUUGAUGAGGCCCAGAGGCUCCUGUACCACGGGGUGAUGCUGGAGACCUUCUCACUGAUGGCGUCUCUCGGACUCACAUCGUUCAGGACCCAUGACAUGACUCAGCUGGAGCAAUGGGAGGAGCCCUGUGUGCCUGCCGAGGGAGUCUCAACCACAGCCACACCAGCAGGUUGUUGGUGUGGAGCAGAGGUUGACAAGGCACCUUCUGAGCAGAGUGGUUGUGUAGAAGUGGACAGAGCAAACCUUCACCAACACCAGGACUUGAACUCUGGAGAGAAACCCUCAACAAGAGAAGAGCAUGAGGCGAGUGGGAAGAUCUCCCCAGGAAGCUCUGGUCUUCCCAAGCCUCAGGUGGCUCCUAGUGGAGGGGAGCCAUGCAGGAGCACCAAAAGUGGGGAAGGCGUUCCCCCUGGAAAAAGGUAUUACAGGUGUAGUGAGUGUGGGAAAGCCUUUGGUCAGAAAUACUUACUUGUUCAGCACCAGAGACUACACACAGGAGAAAAGCCUUAUGAAUGCAGUGAAUGUGGGAAAUUAUUCAGCCAUAAAUCCAACCUUUUUAUACACCAAAUAGUUCACACUGGUGAAAGGCCUUAUGGGUGUAGUGAAUGUGGAAAAUCCUUUAGCCGCAAUGCUGACCUCAUUCAACACCGGAGAGUCCACACUGGAGAAAAGCCUUUUAAAUGCAGUGAAUGUGGAAAAGCCUUCAGGCACAAUUCCACACUUGUUCAGCAUCACAGAAUCCACACUGGAGUAAGGCCUUAUGAGUGCAGUGAAUGUGGGAAGUUCUUUAGCUUUAACUCAAGCCUCAUGAAGCAUCAGAGAGUUCACACUGGAGAAAGACCUUAUAAGUGCAGCGAAUGUGGGAAAUUCUACAGCCACAAGUCAAGCCUUAUUAAUCAUUGGCGAGUUCACACUGGAGAAAGGCCUUAUGAAUGCAGCGAAUGUGGGAAAUUUUUUAGCCAAAGCUCCAGCCUUGUGCAACACCGAAAAGUUCACACUGGAGAAAAGCCUUUUAAGUGCAAUGAAUGUGGAAGAUUCUUUAGUGAGAACUCUAGCCUUGUUAAACACCAGAGAGUUCACACUGGAGCAAGACCUUAUGGGUGCAGGGAAUGUGGGAAAUUUUUCCGCCACAGCUCCAGCCUUGUUAAGCAUCGGAGGAUUCACACUGGAGAAAUGCCUUAUGAGUGCAGCAGUUGUGGGAAGUCAUUUAGCCAGCGUUUCAACCUUAUACAGCACCAGAAAGUUCACAGUGGAGAAAAGUCUUGCAAGGUUCAAAUGUGACUGACCCUUGAUUUUCUACCUGAGUAUUAGAUUUUCUUAAAUAAAUGUUUAAGUGCUUCAGAGCACUUCCAGAGGCUUUAAAUGAUGUUUUUAUAAUUUUCACCCAUUUCCCUGGGAAGCCGGCCUGCAAAGCUCCUCACACUGUCAUGCUGGAAGCUGAUGCAAAUAUUUAACUUUUAAAAAAUGUGACAGCUUAUAUUCUAAAUUGUUAUGCCAUUUCACAUUUCCUGGAGUGUUUUUGCUUUCCAGUUUAUUCAUAUCUUUGCUGAGUUUUGCAUGUAAAAUAUUGGCCAUAUACUUUUAGCAAUUCUAGUAGAUGUCUAGUAGUAUUUCAUUGUGGUUUAAAUUUGCAUUUCCCUAAUGACUUGGUGUUCAGUAUUUCUCCCUUUGUAUUUGCCAUCAUAUUGUAUUGCCAUCAGUGAAUUACCUGAUCAAAGUUUUUUGCCUACUAUUAAAAGAACUGUCUUGCAAUUUCUU